CAAAUAAUGGCGUGGAUGCCGCAAUUGUAGAUAUGAAGGGCGAUCCAGAUCCAGUGAAUCCAGUCCUGUGUUCUCCGUUUCAGCAGUGAUGUGAGAGGGGCUUGUUACAGAACUCCACAGCGCGAGCGCGGCUCUGUUUCUACACGAUCAGCAAACACACUCUGUAUAGGUAUGCGGUAUCAAGUGUUAGAGAUAUUUUUAUACUUAUGUCAGUUCUGCAGGUUUUCAUGAGGAAGGAUGACAGAGCAGAAAUGAUAUUGAACAGUUUUGACCUGAAAGUCCUACGCUUAGAUACGUUUUGGAUAAGAGUUUGAUCACGGGCUUCUCAAAGGCAUACUGGAUUUUCAGCAUCUUAAACAAUGGCAGGAUUGUUCUCCUGAUAGGAAUACUGUUCUUUUGGAUGUGGCAUUCAAAUGUUUAUAUGAAAAGACACUCUGAAGAAUUUUCCACAAGAAAGGAACAAAAAAGUGUCCUGUUUUUGUCCAGUUGCCAAGUGCGUUGUGAUUUUUGUCUCUCCUUUACGUGUACAGUCCAUUUAUUUUAUUUCACCUCUCCUUUCUUCCAUUCACCCUGCUGCAAGGAUUGUCUCUCUGUUGUUCAGGAGGACGCGGUGGGUCCGACAUGUCUACCAAAGCCCCCAUAUACCUUAAACGACGAAGCCGCAAAGGAAAGAAGGAAAAGUUACGUGACCUUCUCUCGUCAGACAUGAUCAGCCCUCCACUGGGAGACUUCAGACACACCAUCCACAUCGGCAGUGGCGGGGGCGCAGACGAUCUUUUCGGUGACCUAUCUUUCCUACAAGGUAAAUUUCACCUGUUACCAGGUCAAGAAGGUCACCAGGGGUCAUUCCAACUAAGUCGCACAGCGAGUGUAAGCAGUCAUCCGCCGGCCUGCGAGAGCUCGCCACUUUUGAAAAAUGCCUUGUCACUUCCUAUCAUUGGAGGGGUGCAGGCGCUCACCCUUCCGGCCCCCACGGCCACAGCUCCUCUGACUUCAGCAGCGACAGCGGUCACUGAGGUCACAACAGCACUGUCAACGACCCAACUACCCCCAGCAUCUCCAUCUCUCGCUCCACCUCCCAAACCUCCCAGACUGCACCUGGAAGAGAGGAGCGUGUCACGGCAUACGUCACUGCCUGCAUCUUCGAGCCGCUCUCCACUUCAUUUGCACACACACGAACAAAGUCCAGAUCCUGAGGAAACUGAGAAUUGUGUGAAGGAUGGAGAUGAGGAGGAAAAGCCGUAUCUGUCUAACGCUGGCUCUAUGCUUUCCCUCCAUCUGGACUUGGGGCCAUCGAUCCUAGAGGAUGUGCUUCAGAUCAUGGACAGCCAGAGAACAGGAACAUUCAGUGGGCGACUUACACCCAGUGGACGACAAGAGAUAUAUACCUGAAAGUGAACAAGAGAUCCGAGUCAAAGCUUGAUGGUACAUAAAUGGACUAAUAACAUUUUUCUUCAUAUAUUAAAACAGUUUGCCUUCAGAUAAAACUCAUUUACCUGUUGUACAGUUGCAUUUGCUUGGGAAUUUUGACAUUUUUGUCUCAUCAUACAUAUAAUCUUUGGAAAAAACCUUUGGAAGCGGGGCAAGUU